UAUCUUUACAGUUAUUGAUGGAAAGUCUCAGGAUUUCCCUCCCACUGACUUUCUUUCUGUGUGUUUCCACUUCACAGAGGCCAUGGCCUAUAGCUGCUUCACUGAGCUCAUGAAGAGAAUGAAUCAGAACUUCCCACAUGGAGGAGCCAUGGAUUCUCACUUUUCCAACAUGUGAUCCUUCAUCCAGAUCCUGGACUUUGAGCUGUUUGAGCUGAUGCACCAGAACGGUGACUUCACUCACUUCUACUUUUGUUACCGCUGGUUUUUCCUGGACUUCAAGCGAGAGCUGGUGUACGACGAUGUGUUUUCAGUCUGGGAAACGAUUUGGGCAGCUAAGCACGUCUCCUUCAGUCACUUUGUCCUCUUCAUCGCUCUGGCACUAGUGGAGAUCUACAGGGACAUCAUCCUGGGGACCAACAUGGACUUCACUGAUACCAUUAAGUUCUUCCAUGAAAUGGCUGAGCAUCAUAACAUAAAGCAGAUUAUGACUCUUGCUUGAGAUCUGGUGUGUAAAGUGCAAAUGCUGAUUGAGAACAAGUGAUGGUGCUUUUCUUUUUCUUCAAAGCAAAGCCUAACCUGCUGUAACAGCACAUGUUUAUCUGAGCACACAUAUACUGUACACAGACACAAGACACAGACACAAAGCCUUUACAAUCACUGUUUGCUGCUAUGAGCCUUAUUAACUGUGUCCACUUAUCCAGUCAUUUGUGUUGUCAGCAGGUGUCUGAGACUUUUGGGCUUAAUACUUGUUGGUCUGUUCAACUGUUAACAAAUGUAGAAAGGAAACA